AUGGUUUUCUAUGAAAUGUUACCACAGUCUUCUUAUGGAGGGCAAUCCUCACAACAUACGACGUCUUCUCCACCCAAAAAAGUUAGCAACCGAGGGGUUCGUGCACGGAGGUGGGGCAAAUAUGCAGCGGAAAUAAGGGAUUCCUCAAGGAAUGGUGCUAGAGUUUGGUUAGGUACAUUUGAUACACCUGAAGAAGCUGCUCUGGCUUAUGACCAAGCUGCAUUGGCUGCCAGGGGUUCAAUGGCAGUUCUUAACUUUCCUAUAGAGACCGUUUACGAGUCCCCUCAAGCAAUGGAUUAUGGAUAUGAGGAAGGAAGCUCUCCGGUUUUGGCGUUGAAGAAGAAUAACUCCAUGAGAAGGAAAGCGGCUGUUAGAGAGAAGAAAAGAAAAGAGAUCGAUGAAGCUGGAUAA